AUGCGCUUCGAGACUCUCGCCAUCUUCACCUUCGCCAGCCUGGCCACCGCUACCUUCGCCCCCAACCCCUGGGACCCUCUUGACGUCCGCCCCCUGGCCAAGUGCCAAGCCAACUGUGUCCGGGCGACCCUCCCCAAGCUCGGCGAGGGCAAGUUUGUCAUCCUCCAGACCCCCAACGAGUACUUUUGCGCCUCUCCGGAUCUGAUGACGUGGCUGCGCGACGACCUCUUCACCUGCGGUGCCGCCGUCUGCGGUCGCAACACUGAGCGUUUUGCCAAGCGCGGCAUGAUGUGGCUCCACGCCACUUGCCCUAGCAUCGCCUUCAACGAGGCCGAGCUCGCCCCGCCCGCUGGCGCUCCUGCUGCCGGUGCUCCCGCCGGUGCUCCUUCGGGCUCUCCCGCCGGACAGCCCGGUGCCGAGCCCUCUGGAGCCCCUGCCGCCGCACCUGCCGGCCCUGAGGGCUCGGAGCCCGCCGAGGGCCCCGAGGGUCAGUAA